UUCACGCAAGCGCAUAAAUAAAGGCUCGGUUCAUGGUGGAAAUGUGUUUGGUCCACAGACCAUAGAGAAAGUAAAAUAAUUUUACUUACUCUAUGCCACAGCAGAGAGUAAAUUAUUUUAUUUUCUCUAUACUUUCUCUAUGUGCCACAGACCAUAGAUGAAGACAAGUACCACAAGUAGCCACAGACUACAUACUAUUUGAUGAGGUUUGAUCCUCUCCAGUUUUUUGAAGGAAUUUGUUUUUGUCCGUAAAUUAAUUAUUGAUAACAACAGUAAACUGAUUCUAAUACGCUCACUGCACGUCCAUUCAUUAUAAUGGCAAGUAAAAGUGUAUCUACAAGAAUUACUAGAAGGAUGGUGAAAAGUUCUGGUGAAGAUAUUUCAGCCACCUUCACAAAACAUCCCGUCAAUCUAGAAAAAUUUAAAUCGAAGCCAAAGAAAAAGCUUGCAGCUUGCAGUGAAAAUUCAACGCUGGCGCCAAUUGUUGCCGACCCCGAAAGCGAAGCUUCAGCAGUUACCAAAAGGAAAGCCCCUUCAUCAAAAAGAGCACAUAUUACAAUCGAAUCCACCGAAAAAGAGACCGAUUCAAAUCCCAAAACAAGCAAAACAAUGCCUCCGAAUUGGGAAACAAUGCUAAAUAAUGUGAGGGAAAUGCGUAAAGACUCCGACGCCCCAGUGGACACAAUGGGCUGCCACAAGUGUUCUGAUGAAACUGAAAGUCCUCCAGUGAUAAGAUAUCAAGCUCUUUUAGCUUUGAUGUUGAGCAGCCAGACAAAAGACCAAGUUAAUCAUGCUGCUAUGCUCAGAUUACGGGAACAUGGUUGCACAGUGGAAAACAUCCUGAAUACUUCUGACGAGGAAUUAGGCAAAUUAAUCAUUCCAGUGGGGUUUUGGAGGAAUAAAGUAAAAUAUAUUAAGAAAACAUCUGAAAUAUUGAAAAAUCAAUAUAACUGUGAUAUACCGAACACCAUUGAAGAUAUGCUGAAGUUACCAGGAGUUGGCCCAAAAAUGGCACAUCUUUGCAUGAAGGUAGCUUGGGGCGAAGUUACAGGAAUUGGUGUCGAUACACAUGUUCAUCGCAUUGCAAACAGGAUGGGAUGGGUGAAAACCAAAACUCCAGAGCAAACUGAAAAAGCUUUAGAAAGUUGGCUGCCAUUUGACCUAUGGAACGAAGUGAAUCAUUUGUUAGUAGGAUUUGGUCAACAAAUUUGCCGGCCAAUUAAUCCUCAAUGUUCGUCGUGCCUAAAUAAGACGAUUUGUCCUUCUAGCAAGGCAAAAUAAUUAGAUAAAAAAAAAACGUUUAAAACAUACUAAUACUAUUUAA